AUGCUACUAACGGCCGUGGCUGGUGCCGGCAAGACGUCGAUUGCCCAUUCGAUCGCGGAGAAGUGCGCGAGCGAAGGGCUAUUGUUGUUGACAUUUUUCUUCAAAGCAGGCGAGCAGUCGCGGCCUGACCACCUAUUCAGCGGCAUGGCUCGAUCACUAGCAACGCGUGACCCCUCAUACUGCGCCUCCAUCAUAUCCAUUCUUAAGGACGACCCGACCCUUGCGACUGCACCUUUCAUAGUGCAAUUCGAGAAGCUUGUGGCCGGACCCCUCCUUCUGAGGGGAUCGCCUUCCGGUGGUCCUGUGGUGGUAAUUGUUGAUGCUUUGGAUGAGUGUGAGCCGCAAGUCUUCGAAUGCCUUGCCGAUAUACUUCGGAAAGAGGCACCGAGAUUGCCUUCCAACAUCAAGUUCUUUGCCACCUCGAGACAUUUUGAUCUUGUCGAUCGUUUUCUCUCGCCUACUUUCCCCAUCGAACGUCUCGGAAUGGAUCUCUUGGAUGAUACAAACAAGCAUGACUGCACCAUUUACAUCCGUGCACAGCUGCGUAGUCUGAAGGAUGCCCAUCCUAGUCUGAGUGGAUUCAUUGAAGAAGAUGCGCUAGUUCACAAGAUAUCGGAAAAAGCUGGUGGCUUGUUCAUCUGGAUUAGCGUUGUCUUCCGUUAUAUGAAGUUGAGCAGCAAGAAUCCGAGGAGAACACUGGACAGGCUGCUCAUCGUAGGUACAAACCGAUCAAUGGCUUCUCCUGAUGGAAUGAUGGAUGCCCUGUAUACAAGCAUUCUGGACAAGUGUAGCUGGAAGGAUGAAGAUUUUGUCCAUGACUACCCGAUCGUUAUGGGAGCGGUCCUAAUCGCCCGACAACCACUGUCUAUUUCAGCGUGGGAUUCAAUUUUGUUGCCGUUGCUGAAGUCUUCGGUCCGUGACACGUUGUCUGAGCUUACUCCCCUCCUCUCGUGGGACCCGUAUUCCGACACGCCGAUUCGUAUCAUUCACCAGUCUUUCCGUGACUUUCUCAUGGGCCAAAUCGAGCCUGAAUCACCCAACCAUCAUCAUUACGUGGUGGAUACGACAACGGUGAAUGCGAAGAUGGCCCUGCGUUUCACUGAGAUCUUGAAUAAGGAUCUUUGCUGUGUGGGAGGUUUGGGGCUGAUUGAAGAUUUGGCUGAAAAGGAUGAGCUGCCACAUAUCCCUCAAGAGACGCUUUCCGCACAACUCAGUUACUCAUGUCAGUAUAUCGUGUAUCACCUCAUCGAAGUUCAGGAGCCACCAGAGGAGCUCAGUGUAUCGGUUCUCAUGUUCCUGAAUCAGCAUAUGACGCGCUGGGUUGAAGUCUGCAUAAGGACGGAAAGGUACAUUAGUCUAUCAUUGUUUCCCGAGUGGGCCAAGUUGAGCGUUGGUCAUUUUUCAGAGGAAGAUAUCCACGCAUUGAUUCAAGUGCUUGAUAAAGCGAGAGCGAAUGUAGCCUUCUUUUCAAGAUAUCAGGAGGCAUAUGAGUUGGCAAAUGACUCCGUAACACUCUGCCGUUGUCUCGUGUCAAAAGACUCAGAGUCUUACACCCCAGAUUUGGCUCGAUCACUCCGCAAUCUUAGGGCAUCAUUGCGCGAACUAGGACGACAUUCCGAGGCGCUCCCCGUGAUUGAAGAAAGUGUGAAACUCUGGCGCGAGCUUGUCGCUGUCGACCCAACAUCAUACACCCCAGAUUUGGCCCGGUCGCUCCUCAAUCUUGGUGCAUCACUCACCAAUCUGGGACGUCAUUCCGAAGCGCUUCCGGGAAUCGAAGAAUGUGUGAAGCUCUGGCACGAACUCGUUGCUGUUCACCCAACAUCAUAUACCCCAGAUUUGGCUCAAUCGCUCCGGAUUCUCAAUAAUUCAUUGGACAAUCUGGGACGUCAUUCUGAGGCGCUCCCAGUGAUCGAAGAAUGUGUGAAGCUCUGGCGCAAGCUCGUUGCUGUUCAUCCGACAUCAUAUACCCUGGAUUUCGCUCGAUCGCUCCGGAAUCUUAACAACUCAUUGAACAAUCUGGGACGUCAUUCCGAGGCGCUCCCAGUGAUCGAUGAAUGUGUGAAGCUCUGGCGCGAGCUCGUUGCUGUCCACCCGACGUCCCAUACUCCAGAUUUGGCUCGAUCGCUCCGGAAUCUUAAUAAAUCAUUGGACAAUCUGGGACGUCAUUCCGAAGCGCUCCCAGUGAUCGAAGAAUGUGUGGGGCUCUGGCGCGAGCUUGUUGCCAUUCACCCGACAUCAUAUUACACCCUGCAUUUGGCUCGAUCGCUCCUAAAUCUUAACUCUUCAUUGCACCAACUGGGCCGUCAUUCCGAGGCGCUGUCGGUGAUCGAAGAAAGCGUGAAGCUCUGGCGCGAGCUCGUUGUUGUUCACCUGACAUCAUAUACCCCAGGUUUGGCUCGAUCGCUCCAGAAUCUUAAGGUAUCAUUGGACAAUCUGGGCCAUCACUCCGAGGCGCUCCCGGUGAUCGAAGAAUGUGUGAAGCUCUGGCGUGAGCUGGUUGCUGUUCACCCGACGUCAUACACCCCAGAUUUAGCUCGAUCACUCCACAAUCUCGCUUGCUCAUUUGAUUUCCUUGGUCGCCCUACCGCAGCCGUGGCUUCCAUGGAAGAAUCCAUUUCGCUUUGGCGUUUGCUACACGUUACUCAUCCGACCUCAUAUUCCUCUGAUUUAGCCUUGUCGUUGCGAGUUCUAUCCGGCUUGUUUUCACAGCUGGGGCACUAUACAGAAGCACUCAAUGUGGGCGAAGAGUCGAGGUCCUACUAUCAUCAGCUUCAUUCUCAAUACCCUGACGUCUAUAUAAAUCAUCUUCGAUGGUCAUAUUCCUGUAUCGCUGAUGCGUUGGAGAGUCUUGGAAGGCACCAUGAGCUAGCGAUUCUACGCACUCUCAUGCAAAACUUAUGA